AUGUCUGCUCUAGAUCAAUCAUUAGAUGAAAUUAUUGGCUCAGCCAAGCAUGCCAGAAGAAACAACAAGGCCGGGCCAAAGAAGGUUUCUAAGCAAGUCAACAAGAGCCGUACCAGAACAGGUGCCGGUCCUUCUAGAGUUCCAAAGAAGGCUGCUUCUGCUGCUGCCCUAGUGCCAGCUUUGCUAAGAGCUCCUAUUUCUACUAGAGUUAAUGUCGAGGGUUUGCCAAGAGACAUUAACCAAGACGCUGUUAAAGAAUUUUUCAACCAUCAAGUCGGUGGUGUCCAAAAAGCUUUGUUGAGUUACAACGAAAGGGGUAACUCCACUGGUAUGGCCACUAUUACCUUUAAGAACGCAGAACAAGCUAACUUAGCUGUAAAGAAAUUCCACAACGCACCAAUUGAUGGUGGUAAAUCCAAAUUGAGAUUGACGUUGAUUGUCGAUCCAAGCAGAAAGACAUUAUUGGACAGAAUCCGCCCUGUACAGAAUGCUCAGGCUGCCGCGCCAAACAAGAAGGCAGCUCCAACAAAGCCUCAACCUAAGAAGAAACCAGCCGGUCCAAACAAGAAAGCCAUUGCUGCUAAGCAAAAGAAAAGAGCUAAGCCAGAAAAGAAGUCUUUGGAAGACUUAGACAAGGAAAUGGCUGACUAUUUUGAAGAAUCCAAAUAA